GCGUGAUCGGACCGCAGUGAGGUGACCGGUUCCCGCAGCCUGCUUCAGCCGUCGCCGGCGCCGGGACGCCGUCCAGCGCGAGGCUCCGCGCACCGUCGCCAUGGAGGAGCGACAGAAGCGAGCCCUGACUCGCGCCCGCUCCAAGCUGCUCAAAGACCUGGACGUGGCCGACGUGCUGGACCACCUGCUCUCCAAGGAGAUUAUUCACCACGAUGACUAUGACGUCAUUAAGGCUAAGGAGACGCGCAAGGAGCGAGUGGCGGCGCUGCUGACGCUGCUGCCGCAGCGCGGACCGCAGGCAUUCGAGGAGCUGGUGGAGGGGCUGCGGCCCAACAACUCCUGGCUGGCCGACGAGCUCGAGUCGCAGCUGAACGAGCUCAACGACUCGUCGUCGACGUCGGCGGCCGACGAGCUGAAUAACGUGAUGCGCGCCGGCGCCGUGCCCACCCUGCCGGCCUUCCAUGUCCCGCGGCAAGUCUACACGGAGGCGGUGCGCGCCGAGCUGCGCGAGCUCAAGGAGGGCCGCUUCCUGGCCGUGCACGGCAUGGCCGGCAUCGGCAAGUCGGUGUGCGUCAAUCACGCGCUGCGAGACGCCGAGUUGGUGUUCAGCCAUUUCCCGGGCGGCGUGUUCUGGGUGAGCGUCGGUCAGGCCGACACGGACGUGCUCAUCAACAAGGUGCAGGCGCUGUGCGAGCGGUUGUCGGAUGACCAGGCCACGGCGCUGCUGCCGCCCACCAUCGAGAUCGCCGUGGAGAAGCUGCGCAAGCUGCUCAACCAGCCGGCACUGCGCAACUGCCUGCUGGUGCUGGACGACGUCUGGAAGCCGGACGUGCUGGCCGUGUUCGACCUGGGCGCGAGCGUGCUGGUGACCACGCGCGACGCCGCGCUCGUGGAGCGGUUCGAGGGUCGCGCCGCCAUGGUGCAGAUGAAGGACGGUUUCAGCCUAGCCGAGUCGCAGGAGCUGUUUGCCAAGCGUCUGGGCAUCCCGAAGCAAGACCUGCCUCGCGAGGCGACCGACAUCCACCGGCGCUGCGGCGGCGUGCCCAUGGUGAUCGCCCUGCUGUGCUCGUACCUGGCGGGCAAGCGGCGACACCGCGAAUCGCGCGACCGCUGGCAGAAGUGCCUCGAUAACCUGAGGUCGGCCAACUACGAGAAGCUGCGGAUGCAGUCCAGCGCGCACGAGAACGUCACCGACGCCAUCGAGCUGAGCGUCAACAGUCUGGACGACGAGCACGCCGAGUAUUUCCGCCGCCUAGCCGUGUUCGGGGCCGACAUCAACAUUCCCCGCCAGGUGCUGUGCACCUACUGGAAAAUGACCGCCGACGACGUGGAUGACUGCAUGCUGUACCUGGUCAAGAAGUCACUGGUCCAGGAGAUGGAGGACUCAAAACUCGACACAGUGUCAUACAGCAUGCAUGACCUUGUCAUCGACUACAUGACCAAAAAGUACACGCCGGAUGAGAAGCGGGAGCUGCACGCCCUGCUGCUGGACCGCUACCUGGAGGCGUGCGGCGGCGACUACGGCCGGCUGCCCGACGAUGAGUACAUCCUCUGGUUCAUCGGCCACCACGUGCACGGAGCCGGCCGCUACGAGCUCUUCCCGAGCCUCUACUUCAGCCUGGCGUUCGUGGGCAACAAGCUGCGUGCGACUGGACCGAGCGACCUGCUCAACGACUACCGGAAGUACGCCGCCUUCCUGGACCAGGGCGGGAAAGACUCACGACGGCGCGACUUUGAGAACUUCGUGCGCACGGCCGGACACCGGCUGCCGGCGCUGCCGCUGCCGCCCAGCGCCGUCCGCGACCCCAGCGCAGCCGUGGUGCAGCUGGCGCUUUGCGAGCGCGACGUCUCGGCCGUCUACGAAGCCGCCAGCAGGGUGGCGCGGACAGCCGGCGACCAGCUCUUCUUCCGGUGGUGCAAUAAGGAGGCGAUGCGCUGGUCCCACGUGCUGCUGACCAAGGUGUUCUCGGGUCCGGUCUGCGACGUCGUGUUCACGCUGGCUCAGGACAACCUGGCGCUGACGGCCUACGGCGACGGUCACAUCAAGCUGUGGAACGUGGUGACGGGGGACGAGCACCCGUCGUUCUACGGCCACACGGAGCGCGUGCAGCAGCUGACUGUCAGUCCGGACGGCUCGCGGUUCGUCUCGGCCAGCGACGACCAGACGCUCAAGAUCUGGGACCUGGAGGCGGCCGUGCGUGCCGCGUACGGUACUGACGAGCACGACGUGUCCUCCGGCCAGCGGUCGCCGUCGCCGCGCGUGCGUCCCUCGUCGGGCGCGUUCCUGUUCCCGGAGGCAGCGCCGCGCGACGACAGCCUGCUGACGCUGCGCGGCCACCGGGCGGCCGUGCUGUGCGUCGACUGGUCGCCCGACGGCGCCCACCUGCUCUCCGGCGACGUCGAGGGCACGUUCAAGCUGUGGGACGUCCUGGGAGGUCCGCUGUUCGAGAAGGAGAAGGCUCACAACGGCCACAUCACGUGCUGCACCUUCUCGCCGGACAGCACCUACUUCGCCACGGGCGCCGCCGACGGCCGCGUCCGGCUGUGGAGCACGCGCGACGCCUCCCUGCUGUACACCUUCAGCCAGCACCACCUGCGGGUCAUCUCGCUCAGCCUGAGUAAAGACAACAACUCGAUCGUCUCUGUGGCUGAUAACGAGAUCUUCUGCUGGGUGUGGGACACGAGCCGGCGGCCGAGUCGCGACUACGUGGAAGUCAAGAUGCAGGCGCCGAACGAGCACGACCUGUACCUGUGCUCGCGCCUCAGCCGCGACCAGCGCCAGCUGGUGGUGGGCACCUCGUCCAACAUGUACGAGACCUGGGACCUGUUGGAGCGGCGCGUCAUCUCGACACAGCGCGGCUUCGCCGGGUCGGUGACCUCACUGGUGUUCUCCCACGACGGCGAGCGGCUGCUGGCGGGCGCCGGCGACAUGGUCACCUCGUGCAGCCUCACCAGGACGCCCAAGGUGGAGGACAGCCUGCAGCCGCUGUUCUCGGCGCGGUUCGCCUCGCCCGACCCGAGCUCGCUGGUCGUCGCCGCCAUCACGUCCAACAACGGCGUCCAGGGCCAGUUGGACCGUGAGCUAAUGGUCCUCAGAGGACUCGAUGGCACCAUUGUGACCACGACGAAGCCCGUGGGGGAGAAGAUCUGCAUCACGGAGAUCAACCAAGCCGGAACUAUGGUGGCGUUCGGCUGCGAGGACGGCUCCGUAGGCGUGUACGAGAUCGCGGUGGCGUCGGCGAGCCGCGCCGAGCCCAACAUCCUCGGCAAGCACAGCCAGCGCGUCAUCUCGCUGCAGUUCGGGCCGGACGGCGCCGUCGUCAGCGGCUCAGAGGACAGGAACAUGAAGGUGUGGUGGCCCGACCGCACCAACGUCACGUGCAGCGGCAACGACGGCGCGGUGACCCAGGUGGGCCUGUACGACUCGAGCGAGGGCCUGCUCGCCGUGUCCUGCUCCCGCGACGGCACGCUGAAGGUGUACCUGGCCGCCUCCGGGAAGCUGCUGUCUGCGCACGUGGCGCACUCGGGCUCGACGGUCACCUGCUACCGGAUCGUGCGGCUGGCGGCGGCGGCGCGCGCCAACGGCACCAGCGGCCGCGGCGAGUCGCCCUGCCCGCCCGACCUCGUCGUGGUCACAGCAGCCGUGGACGGCAAGGUGAAGAUGACGCGGCUCUCGACGGGCGCCGUGGUCAAGUCGUUCACGCUGGACCAGGGCCCCGUGCGGACGUUCCAGCUCUCCGGGGACGGCUCGCUGCUGGUCACCGGCCAUGACGACGGCGACGUGGUGGUGACGCGGACGGACAUCCUGUGUCCGCCGCUGGUGCUGAAGCUGCACCAGAGCUGGGUGCACGACCUGGCCGUGUCGCCCGACGGUCGCACCAUCGUCUCCGUCGGCGACUGCCUCGCCUGGUGGCGACUCUCCAACAAACAAUGCACGCCUGAGCACGGCCGCCUGUCGGCACAGGCGCCGGGCUCGCCGCGCCUCCGGCCGCCGGAGAAGCAGUACUUCUCGUACUGGUCGGGUCGUCCGGUGGAGCCGCCGGCUGGUGGCGGGGUCACCGCCGAGCUGCGUCAGGUGUUUGCCUUCCGCGGCACGCUGGCGCGGCGGCUGGCCGUCGACGACGACUGGACCACGCUCGUCACCAUCGACGACGCCGGCGUGCUCUACGUGCUCCAGGUCAUGUGACCGCGCUAGCGGCUAGGGGAGCGUGGACGCUAGCGGCCGGCGCAAGUAGCUGUGGUGCAGGCGGCGCUCGGGACGUGGCGACGGGCUGCGCUCGCGCGUCGGCCGAUGCGAGUCCGCGCGCGACGUCGGCGCUCUGGUGAUCUCAGAUGACUGGGGGCAUUUGGCGAACAGGCGCUGGCGGUCACGACGUCGCUCACGGUGUACAAGUCAGCGGUCCGCCCUCCGCCUGCUAAUUCGCUCAGUGAAGAUCGCACGGACGCUCCGCGGUGAGAAUGACGCGUUACGCGGUCCCGGCUUCCAGCGUUGCCAUGGAGAUUCUCCGCGACGCCUGCCGGCCAGUCGCGCUUAUCUUUCGCCCCGCCGGCGCUGGGCGGGGCCAGCCGCGGCGUGCGAUGGGGCUGGAGGAGGGCGCGCCGGCGGGGCUGUGAUCAGUGUGAGUCGCGACCGGGUGAGCGGGCCAGCUCAAAAGUGAGGUGAU